AUGGUACAGAGAGACGGACAUGAAGCAACUGGAUGCUUCAACAUGGAUUGCCCUGGCUUCAUACGAGCGAAUGGCGCUGCCAUAUCUCCAGGUGAUGCUAUACAACCAGUUUCUGAUGUUCCCCAUGGGCACAUACAGAGUAUCACAGUACGAGUGCUUAAGGACAAAAAAAGCGGAGACUGGUGGGUGUACUACGGCUUCAAUAGCGUUCCUACGGGGGUGGGAUACUUCCCAAAGUCAUUGUUCAGCUACCUGGCAAAUAAGGCAAACCAGUUGGCAUUUGGUGGUGCCGUGGUUGCCCAUAGGGCGGCUUCAACUCCUCCGAUGGGUAGCGGUUCCUUCCCUAAUGGUGGUCAAGGGCGCGCUGCUUCUUUCACUAACCUUGGUAUCAUUGACAAGGAGGGGAACACCAAGCCCAUCAUGGCAGACUUCCCCACGUUG